AUGGGUUCAACCAGUAUUGCAUUUCUCCUUUCUCUCAACCUCCUUUUCUUUUCCAUGGUCAACUGCAACACCCUAACCGCUGCAACUCCAACACUAGCUAAGUGCCCGGAAUUGCAUCUUUGCGCCAAUGUUUUGGUUCCUCCUUAUAAACCUGACCCCAAUUGCUGCCCCCUCCUCGCUGGUCUUAUUGACCUUGAGGCCGUCGUGUGUCUCUGUGCUACUCUCAAGCUCGACCUCGGAAUUAUCAAAGUUAAUCUAGACAUUCUCCUCAACCUUCUAUUAAACACCUGUGGUCGGAAAGCCACCACCUACACUUGCCCACCAUAA